UCUAUUUACAUUAUUUUACCUUCUAUUCACCUUAUUUUCGAUUUUCUUGACAUUAUUUUACUUUUAUCUAGCUUGUUUUACCUUAUAUUUAACUUUACCUUAUAUUUACCUCAUUUUAACUUUUAUUUACAUUAUUUUACUUUUAGUUAGCUCCUUUUACCUUUUAUUUACCCCAUGUUACCUUCUAUUUACCUUAUUUUAGAUUUUAUUUACACUAUUUUACUUUUAUCUACCUUAUUGUACCUUCUAUUUACCCUAUAUUUACCUCAUUUUAACUUUUAUUUACAUUAUUUUACUUUUAGUUACGUCCUUAUACCUUUUAUUUACCCUAUUUUACCUUCUAUUCACCUUAAUUUAGAUUUUAUUUACAUUAUUUUACUUUUAUCUACCUCAUUUUACCUUCUAUUUACCUCAUUUUACCUUUUAUUGACAUUAUUUUACUUUUAGUUACCUUCUUUUACCUUUUAUUUACCCUACGUUACCUUCUGUUUACCUUCUAUCUUUUUUCUUUUAUCUUUUAGUUACAUUGUUCUACUGUUUAUUUACCUUCUUUUGACCUUAUUUCACCUUUCAUAGUCCUUCUUUUACUUUCUACGUGCCUUUUAUUUAACUUAUUUUUACUACGUUUACCUUGUAUUUAACUUAUUUUACUCUUUUAUUUACUUAUUUUACCUUCCAUUGACCUUCCUUUACCUUUUAUUUAUUUAUUUUACAUUCGAUUCCCCUUAGUUUCUAUUUUCCAUACUCUAAAAGUACACUUAAGUGUACUUUUAGAGUAUUUUUCUCCAAGUGAUGAAAGUUCCAAUCUAAUAUGUUGGUGAUGACCUUGUCUCUGGUUGAAGAUCUGAAGAUGCCCACAGAAGGUGUCCUCUCCCAGACCUUGUCCUGGGACAUCUUCAGUUCUGGCGUGGAGUCCACGGUCCUGCUGGCCAGCGUGAGUAACACCAGCAGACCAGGAGUCUCUGGCUGCACCUACAAGGAGGACUUCAAGCGAGUCCUGCUGCCCUCGGUCUACACGCUGGUGCUCCUGCUGGGUCUGCCUCUCAACGCUGCUGUGCUGCUGAAGAUGUGGAGGAGGAGACCUGCUCUGACCCGCAGCAACAUCUACAUGCUCAACCUGGCCAUGGCCGACUUCCUGUACGUGAUGUCACUUCCUCUGCUGGUCUACAACUACGCCAGUCAGGACUACUGGCCCUUUGGGGACCUGGCCUGUAAGAUGGUCCGCUUUCAGUUCUACAGUAAUCUUCACGGGAGCAUCCUCUUCCUCACCUGCAUCAGUGUUCACCGCUACAUUGGCAUCUGCCACCCCCUGGCAGUGUGGCACAAGCAGGGCGGGCGGCGGCUGGCCUGGGUGGUAUGUGCAGGUGUGUGGCUGCUGGUGGCGCUCCUUUGUGCGCCAACCUUCCACUUCGCCUCCACAGGAACCCAGCGGAACCGCACGGUUUGCUACGAUUUGAGCACGCCAAAGCAGUCGGUGGACUAUUACCCGUACGGCAUGGCUCUCACCUGCCUGGGCUUCCUGUUGCCUUUUAUGGGCGUGAUGAUGUGCUACUUCAGGAUGGCGCUCAUACUCUGCCGCCCGCUGUCCUACCAGGGCGUCAAUGCGCAGGCCAUGAGGGAGAAGCGCGAGAAGGCGGGGAAGAUGAUCGUUGUGGUGGCGGUGGUCUUCUGCGUCAGCUUCCUGCCCUUCCACCUCACCAAAACCUUGUACCUGCUGAUCCGGACUAUGCCCAGUGUGCCCUGCGAGACCAGGAACCUCUUUUCUGUCAUCUAUAAGAGCACCAGACCUUUUGCCAGCAUGAACAGCUUCCUGGACCCCAUCCUCUUCUACUUCACUCAACCACGCUACCGACAAAGUACCAGAAGGUUCCUUCUCAGAGUCACCACCCUCAGGGACAAGAGCAGCAGUCAGCCCAAAUCAUCAAGUAAACCCAUCAAAUCACCAAGUUAGCCCCUAAAAUCAAGUAGUCAACCCCUAAAAUCAAGUAGUCAGCCCCUAAAAUCAAGUAGAUAGCAUCUAAAAUCAAGUAGUUAGCCACUAAAAUCAAGUAGUUAGCCCCUAAAAUCAAGUAGUCAGCCCCUAAAAUCAUGUAGAGCCCCUAAAAAUAUAUAGUUAACCCAUUAAAUCACAAAGUCAGCCCCUAAAAUCAAGUAGUCAGCCCCUAAAAUCAUUUAGAGCCCCUAAAAAUAUAUAGUUAACCCAUUAAAUCACAAAGUCAGCCCCUAAAAUUAAGUGGUUAGCAUCUAAAAUCAUGUAGAGCCCCUAAAAAUAUAUAGUUAACCCAUUAAAUCACGAAGUCAGCCCCUAAAAUUAAGUGGCUAGCAUCUAAAAUCAAGUAGUUAGCAUCUAAAAUCAAGUAGUUAGCCCAUAAAAUCAUGUAGUUAGCAUCUAAAAUCAAGUAGUUAGCCCCUAAAAUCAAGUAGUUAGCCCCUAAAAUCAUGUAAAGAGCCCCUAAAAGUAUAUAGUUAGCCCUUAAAGUCAUGAAGUUAACCCCUAAAAUCAUGUAUUUAGCCCCUAAAAUCAAGUAGUUAGCCCCUAAAAUCAUGUAAAUAGCCCCUAAAAAUAUAUAGUCAGCCCUUAAAGUCAUGAAGUUAACCCCUAAAAUCAUGUAUUUAGCCCCUAAAAUCAAGUAGUUAGCCCCUAAAAUCAUGUAAAUAGACCCUAGAAGUAUAUAGUUAGCCCUUAAAAUCAUGAAGUUACCCCAUACAAUCACAUAGUUAGCCCCUAAAACCAUGAAGUUAGCCCCUAAAAUCAUGUAGUUAGCCCCUAAAAUCAAGUAGUCAGCCCCUAAAAUCAUGAACUUAACCUCUAAAAUCAUGUAGUUAACCUCUAAAAUCAUGUAGUUAGCCCCUAAAAUCAAGUAGUUAGCCCCUAAAAUCAUUUAAAUAGACCCUAGAAGUAUAUAUUUAGCCCUUAAAAUCAUGAAGUUACCCCAUACAAUCAUAGUUAGCCCCUAAAACCAUGAAGUUAGCCCCUAAAAUCAUGUAGUUAGCCCCUAAAACAGGGGUCGGCAACCCGCGGCUCCGGAGCCGCAUGCGGCUCCUUGACCACUCUGAUGCGGCUCAGCUACAUACAUGCCGACCCCCCCGAUUUUCCCAGGAGAUUUAUGGAUCUCUGUGUACCUCAUAGAUUACUCCCAGGGAAAAAUUAAUCAUAUUUACACUCUAAUUACUAAAUAAAGGGCGUGCCCUAAUUGCACUGCAGUAAUUGUCCUCUAUAGCAUUUACAUACAGCGUGCCAGUCCAGCCACAUGUUGCAUGUUGUUAUUACUUGCACACACAGGAGACAGCAAAGCAUACUUACUCAUCAGCCACACAGCUUACACUGACGGUAGCCGUAUCAAACAACUUUAACAUUGUUACGUUACAAAUAUGCGCCACACUGUGAACCCACACCAAAAAAGAAUGAAAAACACAUUUCUGGAGAACAUCCCACCGUAACACAACAUAAACACAACACAACCAUU